UUUUUACCCCUCCCCUUCUCCCUCUCUACUCUCUCCCCAGGCCUGGUGCCAUCUAAUAAUCACUACUCCAUCGUCGACCUUUAUACCCACCCUUUUUUACAGUAAUCCAAUUCUUUGUGGCCGGUCCACUUCAACGUAAUACACAGUUCUACUUGCUCGAAACGAACUUUCAAACUCACAACGACAACGCAAUACUCGCAAACCUCGACGAAACUCUCAACACACACAGCUUCAUCAGCAAUCUUGACGUCUAUCCAUUAGUUUGGCAUUGGACGAAUUGAAAGAAACGAUUACAUCAUAAUAUCAAUCUUUAAAACAGAAAGAAAGAAAUAAAAUCACAAUGGCCGCUAUCCAGCUCAAUUUCACUCUCCGCACCUCCUCCAACUGCAAAACCGUGCACUUGCUCGGUUCCUGGGAUGGCUAUCAGGGUCAGCUCCCACUUUCCAAGGAUCCCAAGAAGUCCGGUGGCUGGGUCGGAUCAUUCAAGUUCCAAGGACAGACUCUGAAGCAGGGACAGCGUUACUGGUACUACUACAUCAUCGACGGCUACCACGUCUCGCACGACCCCGCCAAGGAUCACACCACCGAGCCCACAACUGGCCGCAAGCUUAACAUCAUCGAUAUCCCGGCUGCCAAAUCGACCUCAAAGACAACUACAUCCAGCUCAGACCGCAAAUCACGCCGCGUCUCGACCGCUUCCAUUCCCAAGGGCCGCGGCCUUAGCCCAGAGCGUAUCGUCGCACCAAAGCCACAACGCCCACACGAGACGCGCCAGGUUAUCAACACUCAGUACGACAAGACAACACUUGAGGACCUCAACCGCCGCUUCGCCAAGCAGCAAAUCGCAGAGUCGUCCGACGAAUCAGACUACGACUCUGACGAAGGCUCCGAUGUUCCCUCGCUCACUAGCCGCUCCACAAACAGCUCCAGCCCAUCCAGUGUGAGCUCUGGUAGCUCAUGCUGCACUUGUGAGCGCUACGGCAUUACGCGCGCUGGUGACCGUGUCAAACUCGACUGUGGCGGAGCUCGCUGCGGAUACUCCGACGAUUCAUCUGACUGCUCCUCUGAGGACGAGUACGUGUACGAGGAGAAGACCACCCGCCGCCAGGGUGUCGUCAUCCGCACCUAAGUGCAUCCCGGUGUCUAUCUGGAUACCAUUGUGCCGACGUCGUCACCUGCACCCCUACAUUCUUCUUUGCAGUGUGCCGUUGCGUCAUUUUCAACAUUUUUCUUCUGUGCAUAUUAUGAUUACGAAUCUUCUUUCUUACCUUGUCUAUCAACGACAAUCAGCCUCGUAUUUGCAGGCUGGUCUUCCGCUCUUUUGGGUAUUUAUGACGGGUUAUUGCUGCUGGUACUGGGGCUUCCCAUGGGUUUACGGAUGGGUAUGACGAGGCAACUGCCUGCACCUUAUGACAAUAGCUUAACAAGCUGAUCAAGGACCAUCACGACGCUGAUGUCCACAUUGUGCCAAUGCACGCUCAUGUAGGAACACUAUAGUUUAUUGAAUCUACAAAUUCGCAUGGGCUCGUGCGCGGAAAAGAUACCCUAGCAUUCGAGAUACUUUUCAUGAGUGAUCACCCGGUUUGA